GCUAGCGUACACUGUCCCCAGUAAUCGCGUUCAUGGACGCGAAUAUCGAACUUUAACUCGACUUCAGCACCUCUUCAGCCCUGGUCCUCAAUUGUUAUGAGCAGACUAUAGGCAUCACGUUUGGCUUGUCACCGAGGGGCUUGCUGCAGCUGUCGCAAGGGUGUUGCAAUCGCCUGACCGCGCUCGCGGCUCAUAAUGGUCUUUCAAGCGCUCGCCCGUGAGCAAAUCGGAUGCUGGCAAAGCUCUGACAUUGGUAGACUGCACGCCCGAGCGCGCUGCGGCCUGCUCGCGGGGCCUAGGGCGCCGCAUACCCGCAGCGCUGGCCCGGCCCUGCACGCAACCAACAAGCGCGGCGGUUCCGCUGCGUCCAGCGGCGGCAACUCAGGAGACGACGUCGCUGGCCUGGCUAAAGUCCUGUUCAAGGAUGUUAUGACAGGCCUGACGGGCAGUGGGUCCAGCUCCUCGACCUCCAGCUCAGGGCGCGGGACCGCUGCCGCCGCUGCAGCGCUUCCGGAGGACCUCCGCAGCCCGUCUUACGCUAUCGCCACCGCCAACGCAGUCAUGUUUCUGGCGUGUGCGCUUGUGCCGCUGCUGCCUGCCAGCGCCGUACUGCUCAACCACAAGGCGCCGCAGAUCUGGCAGCUGCUCACAUCCAGCUUCGCGCACCCGAGCCUGGAGAGUGUUAUGCAGUGUGUGUUCUUUACGUACGUGUUUGGCCGGGUGGUGGAGCGCAACCACGGCGUGUGGACCACCUGGGCGGUCUACAUUGCCUGUGGCGCAACCGCCGCUGCUCUGGCCUGGUGGCUCAUCCCUGCCAAGGCCGGUCUGCUCACGUCAGCGGCGCCCGCGGCGGCGUGGGGCCUGUUCCUGGUGGGCGUGGGCAUUCCCCGCCUGGCCAAGAAGCCGCUGGAGGUUGCGUGCCUGGCGCCCUUCGCCUUCGCCGCCACCACCGGCAGGUACGCGCACGCCUCUGCGGCGCUGCUGACCGACGGCACGGCUGUGGGGCACCUGGUGCACGUGGUGGGGGCGGGGCUGGCGGCGGCGCUGGCCAGCUGCGUCAUCCACGUGGUGGAGGGCAUCCUAGAGGCGAGGGAGCGCAAGCGGCUGGAGGAGAAGCGCCAGCCAGCCAGCAACUCGUCGGUACAGUAACUCCGGCGUUCAACCGGCCGCGCACUCCUGCCCUGCCGUUGCAAAUUGUUUC